ACCCGGAAGUGACCUUUCCUCCCGGAAGUCCGGCUCUCCCUGUCAGCAGGGACUGGGGUGAUGGCUUCCGAGCCCCGCCGAGCGCAGCUCCAGUUUCUCCGACCUGGCCGUUGAGCUGGAGCAACCGUUGCCCGUCUGCCUGUCUUAGGCCCAGGGAAGAAACCGUAGCCCAGAAUGGCGGAGCUGGUGGCCGGAGAAGGGCCGCCGCGGGGCCGCACGCCCAGCCCGCUCCCGGGUCCAGCCGCGGCGCCCGCUUGCCCGCCGCGCAGUCCGGAGCCGCCGGCGCCUGAGAGAGCCGGGUCGGGGGGCGGCGGGAGCAGCAGCGGCGGCGGGGGCUCCAAGUGGGUCCGACUCAACGUGGGCGGCACCUACUUCGUGAGCACCCGCCAGACACUCUGCCGAGAGCCCAAGUCCUUCCUCUGCCGCCUCUGCUGCCAGGAGGGGCCCGAACUGGGCUCCGACAAGGAUGAAACGGGGGCAUAUCUCAUUGAUAGGGAUCCCACAUAUUUUGGUCCAAUCCUGAACUACCUCCGGCAUGGAAAACUCAUAAUAAACAAGGAAUUGGCAGAAGAAGGUGUGCUGGAAGAAGCUGAGUUUUACAACAUUGCAUCUCUAGUGCGGUUGGUGAAGGAGCGAAUACGGGACAAUGAAAGCAGAACUUCUCAAGGACCUGUCAAGCAUGUUUACAGAGUCCUGCAGUGCCAAGAGGAAGAGCUCACCCAGAUGGUGUCCACUAUGUCUGAUGGGUGGAAAUUUGAACAGCUAAUCAGUAUUGGAUCUUCUUAUAACUAUGGAAAUGAAGACCAAGCAGAAUUUCUAUGUGUUGUGUCCAGAGAGCUCAAUAACUCUACCAAUGGCAUAGUGAUAGAGCCUAGUGAGAAAGCAAAGAUUCUUCAGGAACGAGGAUCACGGAUGUAAUCUAAGCUCUAUACUUUAAAACUCCCAGAUGUCAAAAGGGCAAUCUAGCUGGGCAGAGCAUUUCUCCUGCAGUCCAACCUUGCUUUUGUACAGUAAUCAAACUAACACAAAGCAAAGCUGAGCCUGUCCUGCCAGUAGAAAAUUAAUCCUGGUGAAAACCAAAGGCUCAUCCCACUCCAGUUUCAGAAGAUGAAGAAAGAAGAGAAUCUUCCAGCCAGAUAGCCCCCCUUUACUCCACUAACCCUGUUUCUUUUUAUUUCUGUCUUGGCACUGAUGUGAUUUAUUUUAUUUUUAUUUUUAUUUAAUUGUGUUUUUGGCUCUCUUUAGAGAGGGCUAAAAGUGAGGGCUGCCCAGAUUCCUGGGCUCUUUUAAAAUAUCCCAGGCAUCAAUGGUCUGGACUAAUGACUGAGGAGUUUGGUUUAAUGGUGUCAUUUUUAAAGAAAUUCAUAACACUUACGCUUUCCCAGAUCUGAUGAAAAUACAUUUGAAAGUAAAUGUCUAAACCAAGAACAUUCCUGCCCCCCCCCCAAAAAAACUUUUUAUUUUUGUUUUGGAUUUGUUACUGACUCAGAUACCUGUUAGAUGAGCAAUUUUUAAUUUGGGAGUGGGUGGGGUUAUGUUUACCAUGGGGCCUUGGCUGAAGGGUUUUUCUUCAGAUAACACUAAAAUAUAAGCUCUGAGCAUUUCUCGCAGUGUGGUUUGGUCAUCACCAUUCACACAUCUUUAAAAAUAUGCUAUUUCUGCAAAUUUCAAAUCCAUUUCUACUAUCUCUUAUUCUCCUAAAUGUCAGAGGAGCGUGGCAAUGGGGCUUAUGUCCCAUUUUUUCCUGCCAGAGCCUGGAGUAUAGGUUGCUCUUUGAUCUGGAGGAUUUGUCCCUGCCAAGUUCAGCUUUGCCUUGUCUUGUAUUCAGCAGCAUGAAAAGACCCCCUUGUUCGUCCUGCAUUAAAAGCAGGUUUUCUUUGUACUCUUAGUUACUUUGGUAGGCUUUAACAACUCUUUAUCCAAUACAUUCAGGGACGGAGGGUCCCUUAUUUACACAUGGUGAUUCUGCACUUUCAAUCCUCCACCUCCUUUUAUUGUGUUAUCUUACCCAAAAUAACUAAGUGGUAUUGCGGGGGGUGGGGUGGGGCGGUGGUGAAAGUUGCCAAACUGUUGUGAUUUUUUUUUCUUGUCCAAAGUGGUGUGCGAACUUCUGUAAUGUUUUUUUUUUCCUUUGGAAUGCCUUGAAUGGACGUGAAAAUGUCGUGCCUCUCUUCUGAUCUUAGCCAAAUGGGACUCACUGAUCUUGUUGGUGAACUUGUGCCAUCCCUAAUCAGUGAAAUGUCCCCUCCUAGUUGUUGGUAAAUGGGAAUCCCUUAAGCAUUUGCUGCAUGGUACCUCCCCUCCGUAUCCUGGCUUUGUUCCUUGUGAGUCAUCUUGACUUCUGGGCCUUUGAGAUAAGCCCCAAAACAUAACGAACCAAAGUUUCAGAAAAAAAUGAAAUGCUUUGGUGUCCCUCGGCAAUAAUCAAAGCUCUCAGCUUACAAUCCGAAGACUCCUUAUAUACAAAUUGAUGUGUUUGGAAUUUUCCACCAAGGAAUUGCAUUCACAGUGUCUUCUUUAUGUUUUAUAGUGUGAGUUGAUGAGGCUUCUCGUUCUAUUUCUUCCUUAAAAGUGAAAAGGGUGGGGUCAAAGGACAGUGCGUGAAGUUUUGAUGGGGACAUUAAAGGCCUCAUCGUGGAUAAACUGCAUGGAGUUUAAAUCAAGUUUGGCACUUAAUUCUCCCCUGCCCCACAUCCUCCAUCGUUCUUCAGUUUGUAUGUGCAUAUAUCACUGAGCUUCCCGCAACGCACCUCCAGAGAAGUUUUGGUAGGUUAAGGGUUUGAAUAACAUGUCCUAGUUCAGUCUCUAUUACAACAAGACUGUACCAAAGGUCUUGAGGUCAGUCCGUGGCUGCCGAGACUCAACUGGCUCCAUAUUUUGUUGAAUUAAACCAACAUUCCAGCCGUGCCCUGCCCUUCCUGUUUAUAAUGUGUUGGUAUUGGCAUGAUUAGACUGUACGUCUUGGCUGGAUCUAACUUAACACUGUGAUGUGUACAUAAACCCCUAUCUUGUACCUUCAGCUGUUGUCAGUGUAUGUCCACAACUGAGAAAUAAUCAGGUGUGUAUGUGCUGCAAGGAAGUAUAAGAACUGCAGAUAUAUAUAGAUAUAUAUAUAUAUAGCAUUCACAUAUACCCUCAUAAUCUCUCGUUCUCAGGGAGGAGGCGAGAGUGGGCAGUGGUGCUAUAAACUAGUUGAAAGAAAAACAGGCUGACAAUGCCAAGAGUAGCUGCCAUUUCCAACAUGGCCUAACCCAACUCAUUCCCCACCUUGCUGGGCACGUAGCAGUGUUAGGUUUGCUUGGAAGGAGACCUUACUGUGUAGCUUUAGUUAAUCAAAAUGAAUACCUCAUUGCUUUAUUUUAUAUUCACCAAAAAACACCAUGCAUGGGGAAGCCCCAUUAGAGGAGUGCCUGAUGUCAGGAUAACAGACUGGAUAAAUAGACUCAUUCUGUUGCCCCAUAUUGUGCCAUUGGGAAUGGCUCCAUUGGAAUCUGGAGGAAAACCAGAUUGUGAGAUGAGCCGUAACUGGCUUGAUGCAAUGCAUUACAGCGGGAUUGCAGUUAAACUUCUCCGAGAAGCAGUGUUUCUGCCUAAUAAAUGGGGUAGUCCUAUCCUAUAUACUCCACUUGCUGCUGACAACAACUAGUGAGAGUUUUUCAGCGGGUUAAGUUCUUCACUGGAACACAAUUGCCUUCUCCCUACCUUUCCUUGUUAAGUAUUCUCAACUAGAGUAAUCAAAUUUGUUGGGACCCUUCCCUGGGGUGGUGAGCUGUUUAGCUGGAGAUAGAAACAGUAUUAGGGACUGGAAAAGCUAUUGGCUUUCCUAGUAUAAGGGCUUGAAAUCCAGCUACGGCAAGGCACCAUUCUAGCUCAUCCAUUUGUGAUAUUCUUCCCCCACAAUGACAGGUCACCUCCAGGCCCUGUUGGUCUCAAGAACUGGCUUCCAUGUUCUGCACCACUUUUAUCUCUGCCUUUCUUAGCAACAGGGCUUUCCCUUCCGUUUGCCUUUCUCUCUGUCCAAACAUUAUCUCCUAAACUAAAAGCUGGAAAAGAAGCAAGAACCCUGUUUCCCCUGCAGAAGGCAGUAAAUGAAAAGAGAGGAGCAAAUGAUAGGAUGGGUAUUUUAUCUGGGUGAUUUGCAUCUCUUGAGGAGGUUUUCUUUAAAACAUUAGCUAGCCCCUGGGGGCCAGUAGCAGGUCCAGUUUCCCAGUGGCCAAUUGUUCCGUUACAGCAAGGUUGGAGUUAACCUCUUAAAAGUGUCUUUGUUUCUGCACAUUUUUAAUCAAUUUUUCUCAGGGGUGACUGAGUGGUCCGAGGGGAGGGGGGGUUUUCCACAAGGGGGUGGGGGUUGGCUCCUCGGACCUCCGCAGCUGGGCCGUGGGCUCCUCACCCUCAGGUUUUGCCUGCAAACCUUGAGGUUUUGUACAGUUCGUCACAUGUCAGUGCCCUUUGCUACUGUUUCUCUUUGUUUAUUAAAUGUGUUUGAAUAAUAAUGGGGAUGCUGUGAUUUUUUUUUCAAUAAAGAUUCUGACAUGA